AUGCCCCGGGCGCCGCUCCUGCGGCUGCUGCUGGCGGUCUCGGCGGCAGCGGCGGUGGCCGGCGAGCCCGGGACGGCGCUGCCCCCUACCACGGGGGACGCCACCCUGGCCAUCGUCUUAGACGUUACCGGCUCCAUGUGGGACGACCUGAUGCAGGUGAUGCACGGCGCCUCGCGCAUUCUGGAGCGCAGCCUGAGCCGUGGCAGCCAGGCCAUCGGCAACUACGCGCUGGUGCCCUUCCGUGAUCCAGAUAUUGGCCCGGUGACCCUCACGGCCGACCCAGCGGUGUUUCAGAGGGAGCUGAGAGAACUCUACGUGCAGGGAGGCGGGGACUGCCCAGAGAUGAGCAUGGGGGCCAUCAAGGCUGCCAUGGAGGUCGCCAACCCCGGCUCCUUCAUCUACGUUUUCUCGGACGCCCGCGCCAAGGACUACCACAAGAAAGACGAGGUGCUGCAGCUGCUGCAGCUUAAACAGUCACAGGUGGUCUUCGUGCUGACGGGCGACUGUGGUGACCGUACUCAUCCUGGCUACCUGGCCUACGAGGAGAUUGCUGCCGCCAGCUCCGGGCAGGUGUUCCACUUGGACAGGGGGCGGGUGACCGAGGUGCUGAAGUGGGUGGAGUCAGCAAUCCAGGCCUCCAAGGUGCACCUGCUGUCCACGGACCACGAGGAAGGCGGCGAGCACACGUGGAAGAUCCCCUUUGACCCCAGCCUGAAGGAGGUCACCAUCUCCCUGAGUGGCCCGGGGCCCGAGAUCGAAGUCCAAGACCCGCUGGGGAGGAUCCUGCAGAGGGACGAGGGCCUCAACGUGCUCCUCAACAUCCCUGACUCGGCCAAGGUUGUGGCCUUUAAGCCUGAGCAUCCUGGGCUGUGGUCCAUCAAGGUCUAUAGCAGCGGCCGCCAUUCGGUCAGGAUCACGGGCAUCAGCAACAUCGACUUCCGAGCUGGCUUCUCCACUCAGCCCUCCCUGGACCUCAACCACACCAUCGAGUGGCCCCUGCAAGGGGUGCCCAUCUCCCUGGUGAUCAACUCCACAGGCCUGCAGGCGCCCGGCCGCCUGGACUCGAUGGAGCUCUCACACAGCUCAGGGCGGUCCCUCCUGACUUUGCCCACGCGGCUCCUCUCCAACGGAUCCACGCACCAGCUGUGGGGCGGGCCGUCCUUCCGCACCCCCCAGGAGCGCUUCUACCUCAAGGUGAAGGGCAAGGACCAUGAGGGAAACCCCCUCCUCCGUGUCUCUGGAGUUUCCUACGGUGGGGUGGCCCCAGGUGCCCCCCUGGUCAGCAUGCCCCCCAGGAUCCACGGCUACCUGCACCAGCCCCUGGUGAUCUCCUGCUCUGUGCACAGCGCCCUCCCCUUCUGGCUACAGCUGCGGCGGGAUGGAGCCAGACUGGGCGAGGAGAGGCACUUUCAGGGGUCAGGGAACAGCAGUUGGGAGAUCCCACGGGCCUCCAAGGCUGAGGAAGGCACAUAUGAAUGCACAGCGGUCAGCAGGGCUGGGGCCGGACGAGCAAAGGCCCAGAUUGUCGUCACAGACCCCCCGCCGCAGGUGGUCCCUGUCCCCAACGUGACCGUGUCCUCUGGAGAGACCGCCGUUCUGUCCUGCCGGGUCCUGGGCGAGGCCCCCUACAACCUGACGUGGGUCCGGGACUGGCGAGUCCUGUCGGCCUCGACGGGCAGAGUCACCCAGCUGGCCAACCUGUCUCUGGAGGUCAGGGACAUAACCCCCAGUGACGACGGGCGGUACCAGUGCAUGGCCAGCAACUCCAACGGGGUCACGAGGGCGUCCGUCUGGCUCCUGGUGCGAGAGGCCCCACAGGUCAGCAUCCACACCAGGUCACAGCGCUUUUCCCAGGGCAUGGAGAUGAGGGUCAGCUGCUCGGCCUCUGGAUACCCUGCACCCCACAUUUCCUGGAGCCAUGAGGGUCAUGCCCUGCAAGAGGACAGCAGAGUCCGCGUGGAUGCCCAGGGAACCCUGAUCAUUCAGGGAGUGGCCCCAGAGGAUGCUGGGAAUUACAGCUGCCAGGCUGCUAAUGACGUUGGCACAGACGAGAAGACGGUCACCCUCUACUAUGCAGACCCACCGUCCAUCUCCGCCAUGAAUGCGGUGGUGCUGGCCGCCGUCGGGGAGGAAGUGGUGCUGGCGUGUGAGGCGUCCGGGGUGCCUCCGCCCCGGGUCAUCUGGUAUCGAGAGGGUCUUGAAAUGAUUCUGACCUCUGAGGGCUCCAGCUCUGGGAUGCUGCGAAUCCCGGUGGCCCGGGAGAGGGAUGCUGGCGUCUAUACCUGCCGAGCUGUCAAUGAGUUUGGCGAUGCCUCUGCAGAAAUCCGGCUGGAGGUUGGACAUGCGCCCCAGCUGACCGAGCUGCCCCAGGAUGUCACCGUGGAACUGGGGAGGAGCGCUCUCCUGGCGUGCCGGGCCACGGGCCACCCACCGCCUGCGGUCACCUGGCGCCGUGGAGAUGGCCAGCCGCUGGGGCCCGGGCAGGGCAGCAGGAGUGGGCGGCCCGAUUCAGGAGUGCUGUUCUUUGAAAGUGUGAUUCCCGAAGACCAGGCCCCGUAUGUCUGUGAAGCUCAAAACGUCUUCGGGAAGGUCCAGGCAGAGGCCCACCUCCUUGUGACUGGACAUGCACCUCCACAGAUCGCCAGCAGCGCCUCCACCGUCCGGGUGCUGGAGAGGCAGCCCGUGUCCCUGCCCUGCAUCAUCCUGGCUGGGAGGCCCCGCCCCGAGAGGCGCUGGCUCAAGGCCGGCCGGCCCCUCCCACCGGGCAGCCAGCAUUCCGUCCGAGCGGAUGGCAGCCUCCACCUUGACCAGGCGCUGUUGGAGGACGCAGGGAGGUACACCUGUUUGGUCAGCAACUCGGCCGGCUCUCAGCACAGGGACGUGGAGCUGGUUGUCCAGGUGCCACCUAGAAUCCAGCCCACUGCCACCCACCAUAUCACCAAUGAAGGCGUUCCAGCCUCUCUCCCCUGUGUAGCCUCAGGAGUGCCCACCCCUACCGUCACCUGGACCAAGGAAACCAAUGCCCUGGCCUCCAGGGAUCCCCACUACAAUGUGAGCAAGGAUGGUACCCUGGUCAUCGCCCGGCCAUCUGCCCAGGAUGCAGGGGCCUAUGUCUGCACAGCCACCAACGCCGUGGGCUUCUCCAGCCAGGAGAUGCAGCUUUCUGUCAACACCAAGCCCAGGAUCCUUGUGAAUGGGUCAUGUGACGCAGACAAGCCUCUGAGGGUCACAGCCAAGGCCAGUGAUGAGGUGACCCUGGACUGCGAGGCCCAGGGCUCUCCGCCCCCACUGGUCACCUGGGCCAAGGACUCCCUCCCUGUGCCACCCGUCACCGACAGGCAUCGCCUCCUCCCAUCGGGCUCCCUGCAUCUGGCCCAGGCCCAGGUGAGUGACAGCGGCCUCUACGAAUGCACAGCCAGUAACCCUGCGGGUUCCGCUGCUCGGUACUACAUCCUCAGGGUGCAAGUGCCCCCCCAGGUGCAGCAGGGCCCGCGGGUCCUGAAGGCACUGGUGGGAGAGGCUCUGGACCUGAACUGCGUGGCCGAGGGCAACCCGGAGCCCCAGCUGACCUGGUCCAAGGAUGGGGUGGCCCUGCAGGGCGGGGGGCCCGAGGGCUCCGUCCACUUCAUGGCCAUCCGAACCUCGGACGCUGGGACGUACCGCUGUGAGGCCUCCAGCAGCGCUGGGCUGGAUGCGUGGGAGCUGGAGCUCAGGGUGCUGGAGCCGCCAUACUGGGGGGCCGAUGAGACCAGUGGCCUGCUGGAGAGGGUAGCAGGAGAGAACGCCAGCUUGCCGUGCCCUGCCAGAGGGACGCCCAAGCCGCAGGUCACGUGGCGGAGGGGCCCGUCCUCAGAGCCCCUGCGUGGCCGGCCGGGCCUGGCAGUGCUGGAGGAAGGCUCUCUGUUUCUGGCCUCCGUCUCUCCCACGGACGGUGGAGACUACGAGUGUCAGGCCACCAACGAGGCGGGCUCCGCAUCCAGGAGAGCCAAGCUGGUAGUCCGUGUGCCCCCCAGCAUCCGGGAGAACGGGCACAGGGCCAACGUGUCAGGCAUGGCCGGGCAGUCCCUGACGCUGGAGUGUGAUGCAAAUGGCUUUCCUGCCCCCGAGAUCACGUGGCUCAAGGAUGGGCAGCAGAUCCCCGAGGUGGACGGGGCCCGGGCCCUCCACUUUCCCAGGAUCCAGGAGGGCGAUUCUGGCCUCUACUCCUGCAGGGCCGAGAACCAGGCUGGGACUGCGCAGAGGGACUUCGAUCUCCUCGUGCUCAUCCCACCUUCCGUGCUUGGAGCCGAGGCCGCUCAGGAGGUGCUGGGCCUGGCUGGUGUAGGGGUGGAGCUGGAGUGCCAGACCUCGGGGGUCCCCACGCCCCAGAUGGAAUGGACCAAGGAUGGGCAACCUGUCCUUCCGGGGGACCCUCGCAUCCAGCUGCAGGAGGAAGGCCAGGUUCUCAGAAUCACCACCAGUCACCUGGGGGAUGAAGGGCGGUACCAGUGCGUGGCCUUCAGCCCAGCCGGCCAGCAGGCCAAGGACUUUCAGCUCAGAAUCCACUCACCUCCCACCAUCUGGGGCUCCAACGAGACAAGUGAGGUGGCCGUCAUGGAGGGCCACCCCAUGCGGUUCCUGUGUGAAGCCCGAGGAGUGCCCACGCCUGACAUCACCUGGUUCAAGGAUGGGGACCCCCUGCUCCCUAGUGCCGGGGCCGUCUACACCAGGGGCGGCCGGCAGCUGCAGCUGGAGAGGGCCCAGGGCUCGGACACUGGCAUCUACACCUGCAGGGCCAGCAACCCCGUGGGGGUCAUGGAGAAGGCCACCCGGCUGGAGGUUUUCGUCCCGCCCACCAUCGAGGGCGCUGGCGGAGGGCCCCGUGUGGUGAAGGCCGUGGCCGGGAGGCCCUUGGCGCUGGAGUGUGUGGCCAGAGGCCACCCACCCCCGACCCUCUCCUGGCACCACGAGGGGCUGCCCGUGGCGGAGAGCAAUGGGACGUGGCUGGAGGCGGGCGGCGGCGUGCUGAGCCUGGAGAGCCUGGGGGAGGCGUCUGGAGGCCUGUACAGCUGCGUGGCCAGCAGCCCCGCCGGGGAGGCCGUGCUGCAGUACUCCGUGGAGGUGCAGGUGCCCCCGCAGCUCCUGUUGGCUGAAGGCUUGGGCCCGGUGACCACCCUCGUGGGACAGCCCCUGGACCUUCCCUGCCAGGCCUCAGGCUCCCCAGUGCCCACGAUCCAGUGGCUGCAGAAUGGCCGCCCAGCCGAGGAGCUGGCCGGGGUGCAGCUGACCUCGCAGGGGACCACACUGCACAUCGACCACGUGGAGCUGGACCACGCGGGCCUCUUCGCCUGCCAGGCCACCAAUGAAGCGGGCACUGCAGGGGCUGAAGUGGAGUUGUCUGUGCACGAGCUCCCAUCGGUGGUCAUAGUUGGGGGUGAGAACAUCACAGCCCCUUUCCUGCAGCCUGUGACCCUCCAAUGUGCAGGGACUGGGGUCCCUACCCCAAGCCUCCGCUGGUGGAAGGAUGGUGUGGCCCUGGCAGCCUCGGGGGGGAACCUGCAGAUCGAGAAGGUGGACCUGAGGGACGAAGGCAUCUACACUUGUGCUGCCACUAACCUGGCUGGGGAGAGCAGGAGGGACGUGGCGCUCAAGGUGUUGGUGCCCCCCAGUAUCGAGCCGGGCCUGGUCAAAAAGGCAGUGCUGGAAAAUGCCUCCGUAAACUUGGAGUGUCUGGCUUCAGGCGUACCCCCUCCUGAUAUCUCCUGGUUCAAGGGCCACCAGCCUGUCUCUGCCCAGAAGGGAGUGACGGUGUCAGCUGAUGGGAGAGUUCUCCUCAUUGAACGAGCCCAAUUUUCUGAUGCUGGGAUCUACCGCUGUGUGGCAUCCAAUGUGGCAGGCAGCACAGAGCUGCAGUAUGGCCUACGGGUCAAUGUGCCUCCGCACAUCACUCUGCCACCCAGCCUGCCGGGCCCCGUGCUGCUUCACACCCCGGUUCGGCUGACCUGUAACGCCACGGGAGCCCCCAGCCCCAUGCUGAUGUGGCUGAAGGAUGGAAACCCCGUGUCCACGGCAGGGACCUCUGGCCUCCAGGUCUUCCCUGGGGGCCGGGUCCUCACGCUGGCCAGUGCCCGGGCUUCCGACUCCGGCAGCUACUCCUGCGUGGCCGUGAAUGCAGUGGGCGAGGACCGCCGGGACACCAUCCUGCACGUCCACAUGCCCCCAAGCAUCCUUGGAGAAGAGCUGAAUGUGUCCGUCGUGGCCAACGAGUCAGUGGCCCUGGAGUGCCAGAGCCACGCUGUGCCCCCUCCCGUGCUGAGCUGGCGGAAGGACGGCCGCCCCCUGGAGCCCCGGCCUGGCAUCCGCUUCUCCGCAGACAAGGCUUUGCUGGAGGUGGACAGAGCCGGGGUGGCGGACGCAGGCCGCUAUACCUGCGAGGCGCUGAACCAGGCAGGCCGAUCGGAGAAACACUACAACCUAAACGUCUGGGUCCCUCCAGUGUUCCCCUCACCAGAGCCUCGCACCCUGACUGUGACUGAGGGGCACCCCGCCAGGCUGUCCUGCGAAUGUCGGGGCGUCCCCUUCCCCAAGAUCUCCUGGAGGAAGGACGGUCAGCCUCUGCCCAUGGAUGGGGCCGGCCUUGGGCAGGUGUCAGCUGUGGGGCGGCUGCUGUAUCUAGCACAGGCCCAGCCAGCCCAGGAGGGAACGUACACCUGUGAGUGCAGCAACGUGGCCGGAAAUAGCAGCCAGGACCAGCAUCUGGAGGUGCAUGUUCCCCCUCAGAUCGCGGGCCCCCGGGAGCCCCACACACAGGUGUCCGUGGUCCAGGACGAGGAGGCCACUCUGGAAUGCAAUGCCACAGGGAAACCUCCGCCCAGGGUGACGUGGGAGCGGGAUGGCGAGCCGGCGGGGGCCGAGCCUGGCCUGCGGCUGCAGAGCCAGGGUCAGAGGCUGCACGUGCAGCGGGCUCGGGCUGUCCACGCCGGGCGCUACAGCUGCGUGGCCGAGAACGUGGCCGGGAGGGCCGAGAGGAGAUUUUCGCUCUCUGUGCUGGUGCCCCCAGAGCUCAUUGGAGACUUGGACCCACUGACCAACGUCACAGCUACCUUGCACAGCCCCUUGACGCUGCUCUGUCAAGCCACAGGUGUCCCACCUCCAGGGGUCCUCUGGUUCCGAGGGGAGGAACCCGUCAGCCCUGGGGAGGACACCUACCUCUUGGCAGGUGGCUGGAUGCUGAAGAUGACCCGGGCCCAGGAGCGAGACAGAGGCUUCUACUCGUGCCUGGCAAGCAACGAGGCUGGGGAGGUGCGGAGGAACUUCAGCGUGGAGGUCCUGGUUCCUCCCAGUAUCGAGAACGAGGACCUGGAGGAGGCAAUCAAGGUUCCCGAGGGGCAGACGGCUCACCUGACGUGCAAUGUCACAGGCCACCCACAGCCCAAGGUCACAUGGUUCAAAGAUGGCAGGCCCCUGGCUGGCGGAGGUGCCCACCGCAUCUCUCCAGAUGGAGCCCUCCUGCAGGUCCUCCAGGCCAACCUGUCUAGCGCAGGCCACUACUCCUGUAUUGCGGCCAACGCCAUAGGAGAGAAGACCAAACAUUUCCAGCUUAGCGUCCUGGUGGUUCCCACCAUCCUGGGAAUGAGCAAGGACAGUGCGGACGAGGAGGUGACCGUGACCAUCAACAACCCCAUCUCUCUGAUCUGCGAGGCUCUGGCCUUUCCCUCCCCCACCAUCACCUGGAUGAAGGAUGGGGCCCCGUUGGAGGGCUUGAACAACAUCCAGCUGCUCCCAGGCACCCACGGGCUGCAGAUCCUGAAUGCCCAGAAGGAAGACGCGGGCCAGUACACCUGCGUGGUCACCAAUGAGCUUGGCGAGGCCAUGAAGAACUACCACGUGGAAGUCCUCAUCCCCCCUUCCAUCUCCAAAGCUGACCCCUCCCGGGAGGUCGGCGUGAAGGAAGUGAAGACCAAGGUCGAUAGUACCUUGACCCUGGAGUGCGAGUGCUGGGCCAUGCCCCCACCCACCAUCAGCUGGUACAAAGACGGACAGCCCGUGACCGCCAACCAGCGUGUCCACAUCCUUGGUGAAGGGCAGCUACUCCAGAUCCAGCCCACGCAGGUCUCAGAUUCCGGGCGAUACGUGUGCGUGGCCACCAAUGUGGUUGGCGAGGAUGACCAGGACUUCAACGUGCUCAUCCAGGUACCCCCUGUGUUCCAGAAGGUGGGAGAUGCCAGUGCAGCCUUUGAGACCCUGUCCCGGGAGGAAGAGGCCCGGGGUGGGGUGACGGAAUACCGGGAGAUCGUGGAGAACAACCCCGCCUACCUGUACUGUGACACCAACGCGGUCCCAUCCCCGGAGCUCACCUGGUACAGGGAAGACCAGCCCCUCUCGGCCACAGAUGGGGUGUCUGUUCUGCAAGGAGGCCGGGUCCUGCAGAUCCCCCUAGUACGUGCGGAAGAUGCUGGCAGGUACUCUUGCAAGGCCUCCAAUGAGGUGGGCGAGGACUGGCUUCACUACCAGCUGCUGGUGCUGACCCCACCUGUGAUCCUGGGUGACACAGAGGAGCUGGUGGAGGAGGUGACUGUCAACGCCAGCAGCACCGUCAGCCUGCAGUGCCCAGCCCUGGGCAACCCUGUGCCCACCAUCUUGUGGUUCCAGAACGGGCUGCCUCUCUCCCCAAGCCCGUGGCUGCAGGUCCUGGAGGACGGGCGAGUCUUGCAGGUGUCCACGGCAGAGGUGUCUGACGCUGCCAGCUACACGUGUGUGGCCCAGAACCCGGCGGGCUCCGCGGAGAAGCUCUUCACCCUCAGGGUGCAAGUCCCACCACGAAUCGCGGGUCUGAACUUGGAGCAGGUCACCGCCAUCCUCGACAGCAGCGUCUCCUUACCAUGCGAGGUCCACGCUCACCCAAGCCCCGAAGUCACGUGGUACAAGGACAGCCGGGCCCUCUCCCUGGGAGAAGAAGUCUUCCUCCUGCCUGGCACCCACACGCUGCAGCUGGCUCGGGCACAGCCAUCGGACUCUGGAAUGUACACGUGUGAGGCCCUCAAUGCCGCCGGCCGAGACCAAAAGCUGGUGCAGCUUAGCGUGCUGGUUCCCCCAACCUUCAGGCAGGCUCCCAGCGGCCCCCAGGAUGUGGUCCUGGUGAAGGCGGGGGACAAGGCCGUCCUGAGCUGCGAGACAGACUCACUUCCCGAGCCAGCUGUGACCUGGCACAAGGACGGGCAGCCCCUGGUCCUGGCACAGAGGACUCAAGCUCUGCUGGGUGGGCAGAGGCUGGAGAUCCAGGACACCCAGGUGUCGGAUAAAGGUUUAUACAGCUGUAGAGUCAACAAUACAGCCGGGGAGGCCGUGCGGGCCUUCAUCCUCACGGUCCAGGUGCCCCCAACGUUUGAGAACCCCAAGACGGAGACCGUGAGUCAGGUGGCUGGAAGUCCCCUGGUCCUGAGCUGUGACGUGACUGCGGUCCCUGCACCUAGUGUUACUUGGCUGAAAGACAGAAUGCCUGUUGAAAGCAGCGUGGCACGUGGUGUGGUCUCCCGGGGGGGCCGCCUCCAGCUGAGUCACCUGCGGCCAGGCCAGGCUGGCACCUACACGUGUGUGGCCAAGAACGCCCAGGCGGAGGCCCGCAAGGACUUCGUGGUGGCCGUGCUGGUGGCCCCCCGGAUCCGCAGCUCGGGCGCCACGCGGGAGCACAGCGUCCUGGAGGGGCAGGAGGCGCGGCUGGACUGCGGGGCUGAUGGGCAGCCACUGCCCGACGUGGCCUGGCUGAAGGACGGUCGCCCGCUGGGCCAGGGCGCCGGCCCCCACCUCCGGUUCUACCUGGACGGCAGCUCCCUGGUGCUGAAGGGCCUGAGGGCCUCGGACUCGGGGGCCUACACCUGCGUGGCCCACAACGCGGCCGGUGAGGACGCCAGGCUGCACACCGUGAACGUGCUGGUGCCUCCCACCAUCGAGCAGGGGGCAGAGGGCACGGGGACCCUGGUGAGCAGGCCUGGGGAGCUGGUGACCAUGGCGUGCCCUGUCCGGGGCUCCCCGCGCAUCCACGUGAGCUGGCUCAAGGAUGGCCUGCCCCUUGCGCUCUCCCAGCGCACCCACCUCCACGGCUCGGGCCGCACCCUCAGGAUUUCCCAGGUGCAGCUGGCAGAUUCCGGCGUCUUCACCUGUGUGGCUUCGAGCCCAGCGGGCGUGGCCGACAGGAACUUUACCUUGCAGGUGCACGUUCCCCCUGUCCUGGAGCCGGUCGAGUUCCAGAAUGACGUGGCGGUGGUCCGUGGCUCCCCGGUGGUCCUCCCCUGUGAAGCCCGGGGCAGCCCCCUGCCCCUCGUGUUGUGGAUGAAGGAUGGGGAACCCUUUUUGCCCCAGAGCCUGGAACAGGGGCCUGGCCUACAGCUGGAGACAGCGGGAGUUGGCGACUCAGGGACCUACUCCUGCGUGGCCGUGAGCGAGGCAGGGGAAGCGAGGAGGCAUUUCCAGCUGACGGUGAUGGAUCCCCCCCACAUCGAGGACUCAGGCCAGCCUGCAGAGCUGUUGCUGACCCCCGGCACCCCCUUGGAGCUCCUCUGUGAUGCCCGGGGCACUCCCCAACCCAACAUCACCUGGCACAAGGAUGGGCAGGCCCUGAACAGGCCGAAGGAGAGGAAGAGGGCCGGGAGGGUGCUCCGGGUGGAGGGUGUGCAGGUGAGUGAUGCUGGGCUGUACACUUGCCUGGCCCACAGCCCUGCUGGUGAAAUCGAGAAGAGCUUCCGGGUCAGAGUUCAAGCCCCCCCAAAUGUCAUUGGGCCCCAAGGCCCCCGCUUUGUGGUUGGCCUGGCCCCGGGACAGCUGGUUCUAGAGUGCUCGGUGGAGGCAGAUCCAGCACCGGAGAUUGAGUGGCACCGUGAUGGCAUCCUGCUGCAGGCAGAUGCCCACACCCAGUUCCCAGAGCAGGGCAGGUUCCUCCAGCUGCAGGCCCUGAGCACGGCCGACAGUGGCAACUACAGCUGCACAGCCCGCAAUGCUGCAGGCAGCACCAGCGUGGCCUUCCACGUGGAGGUCCACACGGUGCCCACCAUCCGGCCGGGACCACCUGCAGUGAACGCCUCCGUGAACCAGACGGCUCUGCUGCCCUGCAAGGCUGACGGUGCCCCCCCGCCCCUUGUGAACUGGCGGAAGGACGGCAUCCCUCUGGAUCCUGAGAGCCCCAGAUUUCAGGUUCUGCCUGAGGGUUCCCUGAGGAUCCAGCCAGUCCUCGCCCAGGAUGCCGGCCACUACCUCUGCCUGGCGUCCAACCCUGCAGGUUCCGAUCGGCAGGGCCGUGACCUCCGGGUCUUCGAGCCUCCAGCCAUCACCCCCGGCCCCUCCAACCUGACCCUGACUGCUGACACCGCCGCCUCACUGCCCUGUGAGGCCAGAGGCUCACCCAAGCCCCGUGUGGUCUGGUGGAAGGAUGGACAGAAGCUAGACUUCCGCCUGCAGCAGGGAACCUACCGGCUCCUGCCCUCCAACGCCUUGCUCCUCACAGCCCCCAGCCCCCAGGAUUCAGCCCAGUUUGAGUGUGUGGCGAGCAAUGAAGUGGGCGAGGCCCACAGGCUCUACUGGGUGACGGUUCACGUGCCUCCCACCAUUGCCGACGACCAGACAGACUUCACCGUGACCAUGAUGGCGCCCGUGGUCCUCACGUGCCACAGCACAGGGGUGCCAGCCCCAGUUGUGUCCUGGAGCAAAGCAGGCACCCAGCUGGGGUUGCGGGGGAACGGCUACCGUGUGUCACCUUCGGGUGCCCUGGAGAUCGGGCAGGCCCUCCCCAUCCAUGCCAGCCGAUACACCUGCACGGCCCGCAGCUCCGCGGGCGUGGCCCACAAGCACGUGGUCCUCACCGUGCAAGCCUCCCCCGUGGUAAAGCCACUACCCAGUGUGGUCCGGGCGGUGGCAGAGGAGGAGGUGCUGCUGCCCUGCGAGGCCUCGGGCAUCCCCCGGCCGAGCAUCCGCUGGCAGAAGGAGGGGCUCAGCGUGCCUGCAGGGGUGAGUACCCAGGUCCUAACCAGUGGACAGCUGCGGAUUAUCCAUGUCAGCCCAGAGGAUGCCGGGAACUAUUUCUGCAUCGCCCAGAACAGCGCAGGCAGUGCCCUGGGGAAGACUCGGCUGGUGGUGCAAGUCCCGCCUGUGAUCGAGACUGGCCUUCCGGACCUGUCCGCCACCGAAGGCUCCCACGCCCUCUUGCCCUGUAUGGCCAGCGGCAGUCCUGAGCCCGACAUCACCUGGGAAAAGGACGGCCAGCCUGUGUCUGGAGCUGAGGGGAAGUUCACCAUCCAGCCUUCCGGGGAGCUGCUGGUGAAGAACUCAGAGAGCCAGGACGCUGGCACCUACACCUGCACUGCCGAGAAUGCCGUGGGCCGCGCCCGCCGCCGCGUGCACCUCGCCAUCUUGGCACCGCCUGUCUUCACCACCCUGCCUGGGGACCACAGCCUGAACCUUGGGGACAGGCUGUGGCUUCGCUGUGUGGCCCGGGGCAGCCCUACACCCCGAAUAGGCUGGACUGUCAACAACCAGCCAGUCACAGAGGGGGUGUCCGAGCAGGACGGGGGCAGCACACUGCAGCGGAUGGCAGUCACCAGAGAGGACAGCGGGACCUACGUCUGCUGGGCCAAGAACAGAGUGGGCCGAGUGCAGGCGGUCAGCUUCGUCCACGUGAAGGAGGCUCCUGUCCUACAAGGGGAGGCUUUUUCCUACCUGGUGGAACCCGUUGGGGGCAGCGUCCGGCUGGACUGUGUGGUCCGUGGAGACCCAGCACCCAACAUCCACUGGAUCAAAGAUGGCCUUCUGCUGCAGGACAGCCGGCUCCGGCACUGGCUGCAGAAUGGCUCGUUGACCAUCCGUAGGACCGAGAAGGACGACGCGGGACAAUACCAGUGCCUGGCGGAGAAUGAGCUGGGCGCGGUGGAGAAAGUGGUGGUCCUCGUGCUGCAGAGUGCCCCGGUGUUCCAGGUGAAGCCCCAAGAUGUGACAGUGAGAUCUGGGGAUGCCGUGGCCCUGCGGUGCCAGGCCUCUGGAGAGCCGGUGCCCACGGUGGAGUGGCUGCGAGCGGGCCAGCCCUUGCGGGCCAGCCGGCGGCUCAGGACCCUAAAGGACGGGAGCCUGUGGCUGGAGCGAGUGGAGGCUGGGGAUGCGGGCGCAUAUCAGUGCGUUGCUCACAACCUCCUGGGCUCUGCCGCAGCCCAGGCGUUCCUGACCGUGAGAGGGGAGCCCCGGGGGAGCCGGGGCAGCAUGAUUGGGGUGAUCAAUGGGCAGAAAUUUGGCAUAGCUGUCCUCAACACCAGCGUGCAACAGGAGGCACGUUCUGGGGUCACCACCCUCUGCAGCAGCAUCAGCCACAUCCCUGCGAGUGUGGGGCCUCUGAUGCGCGUGCUUGUGGUCACCAUCGCCCCCAUCUACUGGGCUCUGGCCAGAGAGAGUGGCGAUGCCCUGAACGGCCAUUCCCUGACGGGCGGCCGCUUCCAGCAGGAGUCGCAUGUGGAGUUUGCCACAGGGGAACUGCUCACGAUGACCCAGCUGGCCCGGGGCCUGGAUCCCGAUGGCCUCCUGCUCCUCGACGUGGUGGUCAAUGGCAUCGUCCCCGAGAGCCUGGCGGACGCAGAUCUGCAAGUGCAGGACUUCCAGGAGCAGUACGUGCAGACGGGGCCCGGCCGGCUCUUUGUGGGCUCCACGCAGAACUUCCGGCAGGAGAGCCUCCGCUCGUUCCUGCGCUGCAACCACAGUAUCCGGUACGACGUGGCCCGGGGCCCCCAGCCCCAGCUGGUGCAGCACCUGCGGGCCUCCGCUAUCAGCUCGGCCUUCGACCCCGAGGCCAAGGCCCUGCGCUUCCAGCUCUCCACGGCCCUGCAAGCUGAAGAGAAUGAAGUCGGCUGCCCAGAGGGCUUUGAGCUGGACGCCCAGGGAGAGUUUUGCUUGGACAGGGACGAGUGCUCGGGCAGUCCCAGCCCCUGCGCCCACUCCUGCCGCAAUGUGCCCGGCCGCUUCUCCUGCUCCUGCCCAGCUGGCUUCACCCUGGCCAGGGACGAAAGGACCUGCAGAGAUGUGGACGAGUGUGCGUGGGAGGCCGAUCCUUGCCGAGAGGGGCAGCGCUGCGUGAACCUGCUGGGGUCCUACCGCUGCCUCCCUAACUGCGGGCCUGGCUUCCGGGUGGCCACUGAUGGAGCCGGUUGUGAAGAUGUGGACGAGUGUCUGGAGCAGACGGACGAGUGUCACUACAACCAGAUCUGUGAGAACACCCCAGGCGGGCACCGCUGUGGCUGCCCCAGGGGGUACCGGGUCCAGGGCCCCGGCCUGCCCUGCCUAGAUAUCGACGAGUGCCAGCAGCUGCCCCGGAGCUGUGCCUACCAGUGCCACAACCUCCAGGGCGGCUACCGCUGCCUGUGCCCGCCAGGCCAGACCCUCCUCCGAGACGGCAAGACUUGCACCCCGCUGGAGCGCAGUGGACCAAACGUGACCACCGUCAGCCACCGGGACCGCUUGGUGGCCUGGCUGCGACCCCGCGCCCCCAUCCCCAGUGGGUCCUACCGCGCCUGGGUCUCCCUCCGACCGGGCCCCAGAGCCCUGAGCGUGGGCCGGGCCUGGUGCCCGCCUGGCUUCAUCCGGCAGAACGGUGUCUGCACGGACCUGGACGAGUGCCGGGUGAGGAACCUGUGCCAGCACGCCUGCCGAAACACGGAGGGCAGCUACCAGUGCCUCUGCCCCGCUGGCUACCGCCUCCUCCCCAGCGGGAAGAACUGCCAGGACAUCAACGAGUGUGAGGAGGACAGCAUCGAGUGUGGGCCCAGCCAGAUGUGCUUCAACACCCGCGGGAGCUACCAGUGUGUGAACACGCCAUGUCCUGCCACCUUCCGGCAGGGCUCCAGCCCUGGGACGUGCUUCCGGCGCUGCUCGCAGGACUGCAGCGCGGGCGGCCCCUCCACGCUGCAGUACAAGCUGCUGCCGCUGCCCCUGGGUGUGCGCGCCCUCCAAGACGUGGCCCGCCUGGCCGCCCUCUCCGAGGCCGGCGUCCCCGCCAACCGCACGGAGCUCAGCGUGCUCGAUCCCGACCCGCGCAGCCCCUUCGCCCUGCGCCCGCUGCGCGCCGGCCGCGGCGCGGUCUACACCCGCCGCGCGCUCACCCGCGCGGGCCUCUACCGGCUCACCGUGCACGCCGUGGCGCCGCGCCACCAAAGCGUCUUCGUUCUGCUCAUCGCCGUGUCCCCCUACCCCUACUGAGGGCCGCGGUCAUGGGCAGCGGCUUUGGGGCCAGCGACCUCCGGGGAUGGGGGAUGGAGAGGCCCCGGCCGCACCGCCCAGGUGGCCCUUGCCCACGCCACCUGCUGUGGCAAGCGACGUCAUCUUCUCCCGUCCCCGUGCGUCAGCGAGACCUGCAGCAAACACGACCCUGCGCGCAGCCUUGACCCCGGGACAGCGAGAACCUGAGCUCCCCCUAGUCCCUCACCCCCCCGUGGGGGUGGAGCCCGGCAGGCAGGUGACAAAGGCUGCCCUUAGGUGGCAAAGGGCAAAGGGUUGGGGUGAAGCCUGACCAGCUUCUCCAGGCUUGCCCCAAGCCCCAGGGGAACCUGGGCCGGGACACAGGGCACCAAGACACCCGAGGGGAGGGGCAGACCCUACCCUGUGGGGAUGGCAGCAACUGUCACCCGCCCAUACCUGGCACUGUCAUCCUGAACCCGGUG